AUGCUCGUGCGUGGCAGUCUCUAUAUCUUGGCUUUGAGCCUUCCUCUGCUCUCACUCGCCGGAGAGGUCCCAGAAGGCGGCGCAUGUUCUCCCUCCAAUGACCGGCUAGACCCCUCAUCACACACCUUCCUCAGCGACUGCUCCGACACGACCUUCUGUUCCUCAUCGAACUCCUCGUCCACCGCGAACAACUCGACCUCCUCGCCAGCUGCGUCCGCGAAUGGUACCUGCCAGCCCCGGCGCUGCCGCCGAGACGAGUUUCCCUUCGGAUACGGCGACGACGAGCCACUCCCACCUCUGUGCUCCGGAGGGAGCUUCUGUCCCGACGCGGGCAGCGGGUGCCAGUUCUUAGUCGGGCCCGGCCAGACCUGCGAGAUGAACCGCGACGACCAAUGCGCGCCCCCUUCGAACUGGCAGAACCUCGCGAGUAACUGGAACUCCAACGGGUCGGUCUGUAUGAAGUCGACUUGCAUGUAUGCGAAUGUGUCGUUGGGGCAUACGUGUGUGCUGGACGACGUGACCUACAUCGUCGAGGGCCCCGAUGGACAGCAGUAUAGCAAUACGAUCACAAGAGACAACUGCCGGUCAUCAAGGCUGUACUGCGAUCGGAACAGCACACAGUGUGUCCCAACUAAAACCCUGGGUUCAGCGUGCGACGCGGACCGCGAGUGCCAAAGUCACAAUUGCGGCGCCUCCGGAACCUGCAUACACCCUCCAGAGAUGCCGGUGCACGUCGCUACCUGGCAAUACGGCGUCGUGACUCUCAGCGUGCUUUCGGCUAUGACCGCCACCAUCGUUGUUCUUGUUCUGCUGCACAAACGCUUGCGUCUGAAGCGCUAUCGCGAGAUCAGGGAAUAUUACGACGAGCAGAUGAGCCUCCGACGCUCGAUCGCAGCGUUACACGCCGCUGCAGCUGAGAAAUACGAGGUCGAGAGGGACGGACGGUAUUAG